UUGACCACCAACCCCAAUAAUUGCAGCGAAGACUAAGGACUGGGAGCUUUAGUUCCUCUGGACGGAGCACCAAAUAUACUGAUAGGUUUACCUGUUUCUCUUAAGCUCUUACACACCUCCUGAGUCGUCAGCCCCCGAGGAGGAGAGCUUCUACCCCACAUUCAGGUUCGAUUGAAGGCUGAUUUCCGGAUCAACAAACAAACACCACCAUGACGACCUCAGAUCUGGACCAGCUUGUCGAGAUGGGGUUUGAUAGCGAAAGAGCGUCGCUUGCAGUGUCAAAGACUGGUAACUUACAAGGAGCUCUCGAGUGGCUUGAAGCGAACCAAGACAAGACCCUCGAAGAGAUCAAAGCUUCCGAAACCAAGGCUGCGGACGAUGAAGAAGAAGAAGGGCCCGCUCUUCAGCCGGGUGAAGAACCUCGCAGUCUCGUGUGCAACGAGUGUGGAAAGAAAUUCAGAAGCCAUGCCCAAGCCGAGUUUCACGCUUCGAAAAGUCAACACGUGGACUUUUCGGAGUCAACGGAGGAGCUUGCACCUUUGACCGAGGAGGAAAAGAAAACUAGGCUUGAAGAGUUGAGGGAACGACUGGCAGCAAAGCGAGCAGUUCAGUCGGAGCAAGACAAGAUCGACAAGAAGAGGAAUGAGGAAAUCCGGCGAAAGAGUACCAAGGAGUCUCAAGACGCUAAGGAAGAGCUCGAACGAAAGCAAUUGUUAAAGGAGGCUGCUCAGAAAAAGAGAGAGAAAUUAGAAGAGAUCGAAGCCAAGAAACGUAUUAAAGCCAAGAUUGAGGCAGACAAGGAGGAGCGAAGACUGAAGGCUGAGCGGGAGAGGGCUGGACGCGCAGGGCUUGCGCCUCCUGUUCAACCUGGGGCCGCUCCACUGCCUACGACAUCCGGCCCUCCCACGUCCAAGCCGGCCUCAGCGUAUACAGAAACCCGCUUGAGAUUUCAGACAUCCAAAGGAAACAUCAUGAAAACCAUGCCCGUCGGCACAACCUUGUUCGAGGUAGCUGCAGCUCUGAAACAGGAGGAUGAUAUCGAGGUGCAAGCUUUUUUGCAAACGUUCCCAAGGAAAGUCUUCGACGCCGAAUAUUUUGGAGAAUCUUUGAAGGAACUGGGACUUGUUCCUAGUGCAAGCCUUGUCAUCCAGUGAACAAUGAAACAAAUCUGCGC